GCAUAGGCGGUCUACAUAAAUCUUGACAAGCGUUUCCCAAUCUCAAUCUCGCAUGAGUACCUUCGUACGUGUCGCACCGUUAUUGGGAUCACUCUUGCUCGUCCUGUGAAUAGCCUAGUUUCUGAUUACCGCCUCGCUGUACAAAGGGGGGGAAAAGAACGUGUGUUAGGAGAUUGACGGUCAAGUAGGGGGGCUAACGAAAUCAUUGCUUGAGACGGUGGCGACAGCGGAAGUUUCUAUUUAAUUUUCCCUUCCCCCUUUUUUCCAUCUCGUCUAUAAUUCUGUUCCCGAGUGGUUGGUCUUAUUCCGUUUUAUACUUUACCUAGAAUCAGAAAAAGUCAGAAACAUCAGAAGCACGCUCGAUAAACGACGGAAUAGUUCUUGGAUCCUUUGCCUUAGGUUAGGUACCUCUUUUCAUCAAAAUGUGCAUUGUUCUCAUCACGACGGCGCAUCCGAAAUAUGCACUUAUCGCUCUUGAUAACCGAGACGAAUAUAUCCUGAGACCCACUAGUCGGCCGCACUGGUGGACACACCAACCUUCGGGAGAAGAAAUACUGUCCUCGCGAGACUUGUAUCGUAAGGAGCGGGGCACGUGGCUGGGCGUCACCAAAUCCGGACGAUUCGCCGUGCUGACAAAUUACCGGGAGUCGAGCGAAGAUGACCCGGACCCGGAUCACGCCAUCGCCGGGGUCAGGAGCCGAGGUACGAUAGUGAAUGCCUGGUUGGGCGCCCCAUCAGGACUUGGCCUCGAGGACUUCGUCAGCACCAUGCUUGAGGAUCGCGCUACCAAGGGCGUUGGCGGAUUCUCUCUCGUAUGUGGCGAUUUGAAGCAAAGGACAGAGAAGGGUAUUAAGCCGCUCGCAAUUAUUUCCAACCGGUGGGACCAUGUCGGUGAGGUCCCGUGGAUUGGUGGGGAGCGGGCGCAGACAUACGGCUUAAGCAACGCUGUAUACGUGGAGCCUGCUCAGUGGGAAAAGAUCAAAAUUGGAAAGGAAUUAACGAAGGAGGCUAUACAAGAAGCCAUCGAGAAGGACAUGGAUGAAGAAACACUUACCGAACGGCUCUUUGCCGUCCUCGACCACGACACACUACCGCUGGAGCCGAAUAUGAGUUUUCAAGAGUACAUGAAUGCCCUUCGGAAGUCUGUAUUCAUCCGAAGCUUCGCGGGAGACCAAGGCUGGAAGGAAAUGGCUGACGCAGCCAAUGAAGGGAGGGCAAAAGCAGCAUUUGAUGAGAUCGAGGAUAUCAGUGAGUCGGAAGAGCACAAGGAUGCACAUAGUUACUUCAUGAAGGGGGCAUAUGGUACUCAAAGACAGACAAUUCUUCUUUUAGACUGGGAAGGCAAUAUUACAUACAAAGAGCGGGCGUUAUACGACUCACACGGAAACCCGAUUGAAAGAGGAAAAGGGGACGAGACGUUCAAGUUUAAGAUAGAAGAAUAAGGUGGUAUAGAAUCUAUAAUGGGGAAAUAAACAGAUAUCUUUGGGACAUCCCAACGUGUUAUUAAACACCCUUUUUGAUAGCAUCUCCUCAUGGCGUUCUACCCAUCACACAUAAGUCUUGGGUAGCAGGUAGCCAGUUUAUCACACCUUAAGUAAAUAAAUUAAAUACAUAAUACACUACCUUAGGCAGUA